AUGCCUGUGACUGAGUUUAUGGUGAAAGAGAGGUACAAUUAUCUUGAAGGAUUGGGUAAUCAUCAUCAAUCUGAAGCGUUUAUAGGCGCGAAUCCAAUCGCCUGCAACAACCCUCAGAAGCCACCGUUUGGACUCCUGACAGAACGGUUGUCGGGCUCCUCGUUCACCUCACCUCGAGAUCAUUGUCUGCAGACAUGGUUGUACCGGGCAACAUCUUCUCGAGAGCACAGUGGAUUUAGGCCCUAUGGCUCCGAUUCGAGUACUACAAAUAACGAGAAAUAUCACCUCAUUCCGGAGUCAUAUAGAUGGAUGUCCUUUCCGGUCCAACAGGCUCAGGACUGGACCAACUGUCGACUCCUGGCACACUCCGGAGACCCAUCUUUGAAGACCGGCCUUGGAAUCUAUAUCUUUGCAAUCACCAAGGACAUGGCAGAUGCGCAGGCCUUUUCGUCGCUUGACGGCGACAUGCUGAUUAUUCCGCAACAAGGUGCUCUAGAUAUCCAAACAGAGUUAGGGAACCUUUUAGUCCGACAGAACGAAAUUGCUGUCAUCCCACGUGGAAUCAGGCACCGUGUGAGGUUACCCACUGGUCAAGCCCGAGGCUACAUCUGCGAGCUUUUCCAGGGUCAUUUCCGACUACCAGAACUUGGUCCUAUUGGAUCAUGCUCAUUAGCCAACGUUCGCGACUUUCAAGUACCUGUAGCCGCUUUUGAUGGGGUGCUUCGGGAUGGUCGAGCCUGUGCGAACCAUCGGAAGUGGCAAGUAGUAUCAAGGUUGGGCGGAUGCCUAUUCAGCUGUACCCAGGACCAUACCCCCUUUGAUGUGGCGGCAUGGAACGGCACGUAUUAUCCAUACAAAUACGACCUCUCCCGCUUUUGUGUUCUCGGUAGCGCUCUCUACGACCAUCCUGAUCCCAGCCUGUUCACUGUUUUGACCGCGCCAUCUUAUAGAGAACCGGGCACCGGCGUGGUGGACUUUGCGAUCAUUCCGCCGCGCUGGAAUGUGAUGGAGAAUACGUACUGGCUCCCGUACUACCACCGAAACACUAUGAGUGAAUUCUCAGGCCCCAUAAUCUAUAACCAAGUCGAUAGCUGCAAGUGGAACCAGGGUCUAGAAUUCCAGCCAUAUGCUGCGUCGCUGGCCUCGGCAAUGGCCUGCCACGGUGCCCCUGAAGACGCACACAGGAAAGCCGAAGAACAAGCAACGGUUCCUCAAAAAGUGAGCACCGAAGGCUUUACCAUAUUCCUCAUCGAGACAGAAUGCCCUCUAUGGGUAGCGGAUUGG